AUGCGUACCAGAGCUCUGGAUCCGAGUAUGCCUCUGAAACCUGAGAGUACUAAAAGUAGAGGACCGGGAGUAGACACGUGCUGGCACGUCGCCGCACUGGGAUUCCUAGCAGGCUUCUUUGUCUCGGUGAUAAUAUCCAACUCCGGUUUCUUCUACGUGGGUCUCAUGGAGGAAUUUGACGUCAACCGGGAAUCCGCUACAUGGCCCAGAAGCGUCACAUCGUCGUUGAGUCUUUUGUCUGGUUGCUUGGUGGCACCGCUACAACGGAAUAUGUCCCUGUUCGCAAUUGUUUCCCUGGGAGGACUUUUUGCAUGGACAGGAGUUGUGGCAUCUGCAUUUGUGCCGAACAUCACAUGGAUGACGGUAACUCUCGGCGCCAUUUAUGGUAUCGGAGUUGGUGUUAUCACAGUGACGUAUAGUAUAAUCCUUACAAUGUAUUUUGACAAGUACAGAGGCUUAACAUCGGGAAUGAAGUACGCUGGAUCAUCAUGCGCAGGUCUGGUUUUUCCCAAGCUUCUCGCUUACUUAGAAGAGAAAUACAGCUUCCGUGGCACUCUUCUCAUCUGCGGAGGCAUCGUUAUGCAUGUCUCGGCAAUCGGUAUUUUCGCCAAGGAGCCACCCUGGACGUGCUUGAAGAGCAUCGAGGAGGACGCGAAGAAUACAACUAAGAAGCGUUCAUUCGAAAUUCAGAACACAGCGCCUAAUACUCCAGAACUCCAUGACCUUUCAAACACUGUUGCGCGAAAACAAGUCAAGGAUCAUGGACCCGUCCUAUUGUUAUUCGUCAAUCCUAUGCUCUACAUUGUCCUUACAUUGGCAGUUGUGGGAGACUUUACAGGAGCUGCGUAUGUCUCUACUAUAGUCGACUAUGCUGUGGAUAAAGGCUUGUCGAGAGAAGAUGCAGAGUCCCUCAUAAUUUACGGGUCGUGCGGUGAACUCGUAGGGCGGGUCUUCCUUCCCUUGAUUGCCGACACAAGAUACGUUCGACGCACAACCCUGGUCAUGGCAAGCCAUUUUAUAUGGGGGUGUUCAAUGAUGCUUUUUCCGCAUUCAUCUCUUCAUGUGCACAUUAUUCUUGUGUGUUUGUGCGCAUACCUCUCCUACGGAUGCGUGAUCUCAAUGAGGAGCGUCCUCAUGGCGGAUUACAUCGGUGUCCAAUGGAUCUCAACAUGCUACGGUCUCUCGGGGUUGGUCUUACUGCCUCUUACUUUCUGCAGUCCAUCGAUAAUAGGGUUCUUCCGAGACUCCCGUGAAAGUUACGAUGGUCUGUAUAGGCUUCAUGGCGGAAUACAACUGGUAGUUGCCGCCCUCAUCCUCGGAGUUGUGUGCGUAGAAAGAAGGCACACGAAUGCAUGGACGAUGAGCCGGAGUAGGCAAGAAUAG